CCAGUACUUAAAAAAUGAUUACAUCGUUUUUUAGUCAUAACAAAGUUAUAAAUUGAAUAUAAUACUGCCUAAUAAGCUAAGAAAGCUGUAAACAACACAGAAUUUAUGCUAAUUUUCUUUUAGUGUUUACCGCAAUAUUCGCAAAAAUGCGUAAUUCUGCUGUACCAAGUGAUAAAUAUGUAAGCACACCCCCAGAAUUAUAACCCCUCGAUAACAAAGAAGCGUCGCCAGAUGAAUGCCAGAUGAAUAAUAGUGUCUCACUACGUCAUAGAGAACUAUACAUAUAUAAAUAUGUACACUAAUCGACUUCUAUAAUAACAAUAUGAAAGCUGUCAAGGAAGGGAAAAUAAUCUGGAAGAACAGCUGAUACUGAACAGCUACAUUAUCCCUUCUAUUAGUUCAAUUUCUCCCAUUAAAGUAAUUAAUUCUAUUUAAAUUUAAUUAAUUCAUUUAAAAGUUAACUAUUUGAUAGUGUGACUGUUGAUUGCUAUUAUGUUCUCUACCUAUAAUUUGAAAUAGCAUUUUGGGAUUUAAUAAAACUGAUAUGAUAUCUCUGCUCUUGACAUAUUUGUAUUUCUUAUCUUACCUUGAAACAACGUUUAGUUAAAUUUGAAUGUCACUGUUUAAAAUGAACUAAAAUUUUUCUUCCAAAAUAUUAACUUUUAUAGAGUAAACAAAAAAUGAAAUUAAAUUACACACAGUUGCCUAUAAAGGCACAUUAUUUUUUCUUCAUGGCAGCAAUGGGACCAAUUCUUCCAUUUUUACCAGUUUAUGGUAAACAACUUGGUAUUUCUGUAGUGGUCAUGGGUAGCAUCACAGCUAUUUUACCAAUUGUAUUCCUAAUUGCUAAACCAGCUUUCGGGUUUCUUGUAGAUUGUUUUCAUGCUUGGAGGAAAACAAUUUUUAUAGCAUUACUAGCAACAACAAGUAGUUGCUAUAUUUGUAUGUAUUUCUUACCAGUACUUCCAAGUCCAAUUUUACCAGACCACAAUUUUAAUAAUAUAUCUUGUACUUCGAUACCUCAAUGUUCUCCAGAGGAUAUUUCAAGACCACGUUUGUGUACUGGAAUAAAAAAUGCCAUGUGCCAAUGGACUUGCAUGGAUAGAAAUUUUUUUGUGCCAGUACAAUUUCAAGGAGUCAACAAAGAAAUUGAUUUUUCUUCAAAUACAACGUGUAUAGUCGAUGCGAAUAUGACAUCGUAUUGUUCUGAAAACUCUAACUGUGAUAUUACCUGUGGUACUUUUGAAGAACAUAAUUGUUUAUAUGGGUCCAUAACUUUUUGGGGGUUUAUCCUUUUAAUGUCUCUUGGUAAUAUUGGUUUCAAUGUAAGCAAUUGUAUAAGCGACGCAAUUUGUUUUGAUAUAUUAGGUGACGAUAACCAAAUGGGAUACGGUAGACAACGUGUUUGGGGAACUAUAGGUUUUGGAAUUUCCGCUUUCUUGGCUGGUUAUGCGGUUGACUAUUGGUCUCACGGAGAAAUUAUAAAAACUUAUACACCUGCGUUUUUACUUGUUUUUGUAUUUUCAUUCAUUGAUAUAUUUUGUUGCAAGAAACUGGAUUUACCAAUGAUGGGAGGAUCAGCAGAUAUAUUGAAAGAUGUCUUUCAAUUAUUAAAAUUAAAACCUAUCAUUAUAUUUCUUAUCUUUGCAACUGUUGCUGGAAUUCUUGACAGCUUCAUAAUAUAUUUUUUAUUUUGGUACUUAGAAGAUCUUGCAAGGGCGACUGGUUAUAUGGGGGAAAUUAAAUUAAUAGAAGGUUUAAUAGUUGCUGCAGAAACAUUAGGCGGCGAAGUAAUAUUCUUUUCCAUGUCUGGUAAAAUUUUAAAGAAACUAGGAUUUGGAUAUACUUUUACAUUUUGUUUCGUAUGCUAUGCUCUGCGACUUGGUUUAAUUUCUUUGGUAUCAACUCCAUGGUGGGUUAUUCCAAUUGAAUUAUUUAUGCAAGGACCUACCUAUGCACUUUGUUACACGACGAUAGUUGCGUAUGCAAGUAAAGUCGCACCACCUGGAACAUCAGCUACCGUUCAAGGAAUAGUAGCUGGGAUGGAUGAUGGUUUUGGUUUUGCAAUUGGUAGUCUAAUAGGUGGUAUUUUAUAUAAGCAAUUUGGUGGAGUAAUAACGUUACGGAUAUAUUCAUUAAUCGCCAUUAUAACUGCAUUCUUAUACCUCAUUUUGUACUUGCUUUAUUUAAAGCAUACCACACCAGAUACGAAAAAGAACGUAGAAUGGAAGACACCUGAAGAAGCUCAAAUACAGUGUGCUACCGCGGAUAGCUGAUUAUAAUUCAAAUAAAAUUUAUUUCCAUUGGAAAUAUUGUUACCAGUACUGUAGUGAUUACUAUUGGUACAAAUUGUUAAUCAAAAUAUAUUGUUAUGUAAAUAAUUGUAAUAUUAAAUGGACAGUGUUAUGCAUAA